UCAAAGAAAAAGGCGGGAAGAAGACCGACUUGGAGAGAAGACGACGUAACUGACCUGGUAGAUAUUGUGUGCAAUAGUGAGUAUUUUAAAAGAAAGAUUUUAUUUACGAACUCAAAGAACACCAAAAACAAUGAGAUUUAUGGCAAGUUGUUGAAAGAUUUAAAAGAACGGGCUCUUGCACGAGGUGACGAAUUUUCAUUUACUGUGAAUCAAGUGAGGAACAAAUUAAAGAAGCUGAUCAGUGAAUGUAAAAAGGCGGCCCUCGCUAUUAAAACCGCUACAGGUAUUGAUCGCUUUCAAGAGGAAAAAAAUUAUGGUCCAUGGUUUGCAGUGCUAUUUGCAUUGGUGAAAACGCGUGAUUCUUGUCAGCCAGAUCGCGCGAUUGAGCCAACGGCUAGCGGUAGCAGUGAUGUUUUGAGCAACGGAAGUGAUCAUUCAUCAGCAUCAUCAAGCCCUGUACCUGUUGAUGACAGCGAGGAAAGUGCUGGUGAGAAAAAGCUUUUUGUUCCAAUAAAGAAUAGAGGGAAGAAAAGAAAAGAUUUUGCUUCUAGCGCUGUUGAAUGUAUGGAGAAGUUGUUAGAGAGAGACCCAACCAAAGACCUUCUGGAGUUUUACCGCGAAGAGAACGAAAAGGCUAGAAAGCACGAGAUGCAACUCAUGCAAAUGAUUAUGUCAGCACAAGUGCAA